GUGAACGCCGAUCCUCCCAAAAUCCAAAUGCCCGCUUCCUCCAUCUGCUUCUCUCUUCCCCACCUUCCCAACACUGAACAAUACGAUCCGCAGAGAAGAUCAAGAGCCUUAGCUUCUCCUUCCUCUGAGAAACCAUGGCUGCAGACCCACACUGUCAAGAUGCCCACCGCACCUUGGAUGCAAGGCCCCUUGCUUCUCCACCCUGAGGACGUCCUUACAUUCUCCAAAGAUCGCAAGACGAAAAUCAAGAGACACCACUUCAGGGUCGAUCGAUCACUCACCGAUAAAGUCCGGGGCGGGAGAAGCAGAGUGGCGAUGCGGAACAUAGUGCGGAGCAUCACCAAGCUCCGAACACUUGCCCCUUUGGAUGUGGAUGGAGAUGAUGAGGGAUCCGAUGAAGUCAUAGAGUUUAGCAUUCCUUUGGAGGAGGAGAUUGUUGAUGCCAAUGGCUCAGUGAGGAAGAGGAAGGUGCCAUGGGGGAAUGUUGUUGAGAAGGUGGUUUAUCCGAGGGAGAAGAAGGAGCGUGUGGUGACUACUGCAAAGAAGAUACUUCCAAAGGAUGUACUUCGGAGGUUGCAGGAAGAGGCUGGGAAAAUAGAUAAAUGGGUGAAGGCUAAGAAAGCUGGAUUAACUGACGAUGUUGUGGAUGAGAUUAGGAGGAUCUGGAAGAAGAGGGAGCUUGUUAAGGUCAAAUUCCGUUUGCCGUUGUCAGCCAAUAUGGUCAGGGCCAGAGAGAUUGUGGAGUUGAAGACUGGUGGUUUGGUUGUUUGGAGCAAACGAGACACUCUGGUUGUUUAUAGAGGAAGUAAUUAUCAGCUGCCUCCUAAGCCAUUUCUUAAUUCAGAUGUUACCUUGUCAGUUCAUAGUUCUGGAAUUCCUGAAGAUAAAGUUUGCAUUCCAGCAAAUUCUGAUGAGUUCAAUGCAACCUGCUUCCAAAGAUGUACAGAAGCAAAACAGACCCUAUUCGACUAUUUGGGUUCAGAAUCAAUACCCAGGAUGGAAUCAGCUGGUGAAACACUUUAUGAGAAGGAAACAAAUCGACUCUUGGAUGGGUUAGGUCCUCGAUUUAUUGAUUGGUGGUGGAAAAAACCACUACCUAUAGAUGCAGACUUGCUUCCCGAGGUUGUUCCUGACUUUAAAACUCCAUUUAGAUGCUGUCCUCCUCGAAUCAGACCAACAUUGAGCAAUGACGAAUUGGCAUAUUUACGGAAGAUUGCGCGACCCUUACCUACUCAUUUUGCCCUUGGGAAAAAUAGAAAACUUCAUGGUCUGGCUGCUGCUAUCUUAAAGCUCUGGGAGAAAUGUCCCAUAGCCAAAAUUGCAGUAAAGCUGGGACUUCCAAAUACCAGCAACGAGAGAAUGUCCUACGAGCUCAAGCGCCUAACAGGAGGAGUUCUGAUCUUAAGAAACAAGUUCUUCAUUAUACUGUACAGAGGAAAGGAUUUUUUACCUAAUGGAGUAGCUAGCUCAAUUUUUGAGAGAGAAAUAAAGCUCCAAGACCAGCAACUGCAAGAGGAAGUAGCUCGAUUCAAGGCACUGGAAUUGUAUAACUUACUUGAUGAUUCAGUCUCUAUGACCACGAGCAAUAUUGGAACUUUGUCAGAAUUCGAAGAUAUUGAACGUCAAUAUGCUGCUCCAGAGGAUGAUAGCUGUGAGGACAAAAUUAAAAUUAAAGCAGAGAUAGCCAAAUUGGAGAAGGAACUGCAAGAACAGGAGCGGAAGCUUUUCAUUCUUAAUGUAAAGAUUGAAAGGUCAGAGAAGGAAUUGGGAAAACUUAAUUCCUUGUGGAGGCUGUCAGACCUUGCUGAAGACCAGGAAAUUUUAACAGAUGAAGAAAGGCAAAAAUUUCGAAAAAUUGGCCUGAAAAUGGAUGAAUUUUUACUGCUCGGGAGGCGGGGUGUAUAUGACGGGACAAUUGCUAGCAUGCAUCAGCACUGGAAACACAGAGAACUUGUCAAAGUGAUUACAAUGCAGAAUGCAUUCCUUCAGGUUAGCUAUACUGCCAAGCAGCUUGAAAUUGAGAGUGGUGGAAUAUUGGUGGCCGUGAGGCAAUUAAGAAAAGGUCAUGUCAUCAUUUUAUACCGUGGAAAAAAUUACCGACGCCCUUUAAAGCUACUGCCUGACAAUCUGUUGACUAAAAGGGAGGCAUUGAAGAAAUCAAUUGAAGUACAACGACGUGGGUCAUUGAGGUUCUUUGUGCGCCAGAGAAGACAAGCUAUUUGGAUCUUGAAACAGAAACUGAGGGAGCUACGAGAUAAAGCAAAGAUACUGGAUCAUUCCCAUGAAUUCAACUCAGAUGAAAGUUAGGCACAUGAUAACUUGUGAUGAUAUAUAUACUUCACUGUGCGUCACAUGGCAAGGCCACGGGCAAUGAUGGGUUGUCUCUGUUCGAAGGCUAGGAAGAGCAACCGACUAAACAAGGGACUCACCGGGGCCAAGUUUGAUGAUUUCAUUGUCUUAAGGGAGAACUUAGUCUAUGAUGAUUAGUUCUUAGUUCUUUGUUAAUUUGGUGUUAGUUUCGAAAGUAUGCAAUUAAGGAGAAGAAAUGUUGAUAGCCAUUGUAUUGAAUGUGUGACUGUCUUGGCACA